AUGUCGGCGCUGCGGAGAGAGGUGGUGCAGGUCUACCGCCACUGCUUGCAGUCGGCGGCGCGGUGCCCCGAGCAGACGCACCGCGCGACGAUGCGAGCGUACGUGCAGAUGAAGUUCCGUGACAAGGCCCACGUCCGUGAUGCCAAGGCCAUUGCGCUCCUUCUCGCGGAUGCCAAGGAAGAGCUCGAGCGCAUGAACUACUACCAUUCCAUGUACCAGUCGGGCCAGACGCAAAAGGCGACGCAUGGCGAGACGGCGCAGCUCGCGUCACAUUGCCCCAACUGUAAUCACGCCUUUGCGACGCCGACCGCGCGCUUCUGCAGCGAGUGCGGCGUCCAGCGCCCGACCAUUGCCUAGUCGAUAGAUUUGCAAUCGACACUCGAAGAUACACACGUCCAUUCGCCUCGAGCUGUGAUCAAAGCAUCAGGUAUACAUCGAGCGUACUUUCCGCUGCGUGAUCACGAAGGAGGCGCGCUUUUACUCGAGCUAGACGAGAGCACUCGCCUUUGCCCGGCGCCGAGCGUCGAGUGUACUCAGUUUCAAAUGCAGCUCCACAGGCGAGUGUUGAGUGGGUCUUGCUACACAGCAUUCUUGCUGGGUGCCGG